AUGCCUCGAACCACAAGAAAUAGUCUUGAGACUGCCGAUGCCCGCGACCUUGAGGCUUUGGCAACCUCCCGAAGUAUCGAGGAGAGCUCAUUACCAGAGACACCACCUAAGGCUCAAGUACAAACCUCAGGACUGAAGGCCUAUGCUUUUACGCCUUCAAGCACGAAUUACACUACCAACGAACAUCAAUUCGUCGUCUCUGAAACUCGUCCACACCAGACUAUCCGAGCACCACACGCGCAGGAAACAGAAUUCCUCCCUCCAAACCCAUCUUCAUCGCCACGGCAAUACCUGUCGUCGAGAACAGAACAAAUCAAUAGCCAACACGCCUAUCCCGAUCCAUACCAUCCCACAUUCACAGCUGAGAGAGAUCCUGAAGUGCUUGAAGCUGCCAGGACAUUGUUGGACAUCUACUACUCCGCCGCUGCCAUUCCUGCAGAAAGAGAGGCUGAUGAAUCGCGACAGACUGUGGGAUCGAGCUUCGUUCUAAGUGAGCCUGUACCUCUUACUGACACAGCCCGUGUUGAAGCAGAUGCAAAUGGGUCCUCAGGAAGAAGGUGGUUCAGUGCGACACCGUGGCUAAGACGACGUCCUAGACCGAUCGAACCUACUAUGACGGCAGAAGACAGAGCAUAUUCCAUGAACCUGACGCUGGAAGCCAUCAACAGCUCUCCAGCGAAGAAGUUGAGAAAGCGCCAAGCUGCGAAGACGAUCCCUGAAGAAGACAGCGGUAUCGACAUGGAGAUGGGUAACCAAGAUGGAUCAACAAGCUCCAUGGAGAGCGACACUACCUUGUUGGAAGAUGAAACAAGUGAGUUGACCGAUGAAGAAGAGCAACCCGCUACUGACGAAGAUGACGAUCUGAGAGACUAUGGACCGAAACACCUACCUCAUUUCCGCCUUGAGAACAAAUACAUGAUUCGACGGCCAGGGAGAGGUAUCCACGAGGCUCCUAUCGAUGACUCCACGAGUGACGAACCACAGCCGUUCGAAGAGGCUACGAGAACGAAAACGUAG